AUGUCUGGCUUCACACUUCUUCUGCUGCUCAUGAAAUCUACGUCAUUGUCGCAUAUCCAGUAUGAUGCCGCUCUUGCUACUCUCACAAUGCAGCGGACUUUGCAGGCGUCUCACCUACCCUUAACAUGUCUCGCGACAACUGUGUGGCGCGACAUCCGAGGCCAAGUCGUCCAGGAACACGGACAAUUUCGCGAGUCGAAGAAGAUGUCACUAAGUCCUUAA